AUGCUUCAAAGCGUGGCUAUCAAAAACCACGAUACAAGACUUCUCGCGACCGACACAUUUGACCUUGCCUUUAACGGAAGCUUUUUCACCGACAACAGUAUUGAUUUCAAAUCAUCGUUUGCCGCUUAUGGGACGAGUGUGAUGAAUAUGAGCUACCCUAAGGGCACUACUAGUCAAUAUGCGGUGCAAUCUUUCAACACCUCUGACCAGACUAUCGAGGCAUCCACCGAUAUCUUCGGUAGUUUUUACAUCCGCAACUGCUCCAAUCAGCCGCCUGGGGAUGAUGGGAACCGGCUUGUGUUCUCUAUUUUACGGGCCGACCAGGACAAUGUGAGCUCGACGAUCUUGAUAUGCGAGCCUCGAUACGCUGUUCGUCGUGCAUCUGUCUCUUUGACGGAAGCCGAAACACCCAGCGGUACCGGUGUCAGUGUCGACCUUGAUUCAGACUCGAAAUUCACACUGCCGAUGGUAUCUAAUUGGGAUAUUGCCAUGGGCUUUCGAAGUGCACUACAAGCGGCUCCAGCAAAAUUUGACGAGCCCUUUAAAAACAGCCGAGAUAAGAACAGUAACCCGCCGGUCGUAGCGGGUUCUACUUACGAUGUCUUCUUCCGAUUCUUGAAUACAACGCUGCCCCACUCUACGAUUCACACCCGCAGUCAGGAAGAGGCAAAUCUUGAUCUCAUGAACACCCUCAUGGACACAGAGGUAUUCAAAACACAUGCGAGCCAACUUUUUACUUCCAUAACGGCUCAACUUGCAAAAGAGUAUCUAAUGAUACCCACUAAUGAGUCAUUCAUUGGUACUUCGAUCUCUACCCAGCAACGUCUGCACGUUCGUGUGGUGUCGCUUAGGCUCAUGGAAGCUUCUCUUGGCCUCCUUGUCGUUAUCGCUGCCGCCAUAGCUGCACUCAAGUCACCUUCAGGCGUUACCCGUGAUCCAAGCUCUAUCGGCGAGCUCUCAGCGCUUCUAGUCGGCUCUCCUGAGUUCGUGGAGUCCGUUCGUAGCACCGGUGCUCAAUCCAUGACCAGAAUUGCUCGCCUACUUUCAAGUCGACUUCACGAGAGCUGUAUUGACCGAAGUGCGGACCGGACGGCGAGAUUCCGCAUCCAGACAAUCAUCGAUUUGAAGGCCGGCACGCAGGAAGAAGAGCGUUACAAAGAAUGGGGCAACUCCAAUGGCUCUGACACCAUCGAAUGGUGGCAACCAUUCUCUGUCACAAUCGUAGGUCGAACGGUGUUGCUCGUAGUAGCUACCGCCGCCAUUAUCACUUUGGAGUUGCUGUACCGGUCCUCGCAACGACACGGUGGUAUCGCAAAUUUGCCAUCUGACGAUGCAAGAUACGCCUACACUUAUGUUCCAGCUCUGGUUAUGACAAUCAUUGCUGCCCUUUUCAGUUCACUCGAUUCGUCUCUGAGAAUCUUCCAGCCCUAUCGUAAUCUUCGAAUAGGCGGAUCAAGCGCACAACAAAGUAUUCUGGAUGAUCAACUCGGGAAAAUGUCCAUACAAGCGUUAUACAGUUCUCUGUCGAAGCGACAGUUUGCUGUUUCGGCUUCGACCCUUGCUGUCCUCCUUGCUCCAUUUUUGAGCAUCGCAGUCAGCAGCCUAUAUGGACUGGACUCAUUCGUUUCGCAGUAUCCCGUUGUCGUUCGACAAAUGAACGGCUUUGAUCCGGAGUUGUCCUUGCCCGACUACUACGAUACACAAGUCAAGGAUGGAGCCAGCGCGGCCGCCAUGGUGAUGGGUGCUAAUCUAUCUUUUCCCGCUUGGACGUACAACGAGCUCGUCUUUCCGGAACUGGAGCUGGAUCUGCUGCCAUCUUCUACCCACUUGAACAAAACAGCCUAUGAAAGUGGCUCUGCAACCCUGAACCUGAUCGUUCCAGAUGUUCUAAGAGCUACGGCAAAUUGCUCAGUUACUGGAAUUUACGGUUACGAUUUGACUACGUUGUUCAACUCCAGUUCGAGGUACGGUGCGUAUCAGCCCUACAUCAACGUAUCCGUUCCAAGAGGUUGUGGUGCACCUGGAUUCUCCGAAUUGUCGGAGACAUUUUUAGGCUAUCCACCACAAGCAUCUUAUUUUGCGUGGGUGCAAGACGGUGUGUUGGACGGCGGGAUGUCAAACUGCCACACUCCUCUUAUGGCCGUUUUGGGACAUUGGUGGACAAACGAACGACCCUCGGUACUCCUUUGCAAGCCUUAUAUGCAGCGAGUAGCAGCCAAUAUUACCUUUUCGAUGCCCGACUUCUCCAUCGACUUACAGCAUCCCCCAGUGGCCAUCGAGUCUACUGCGACCUACUUCUCGAACGCCGCCGUGAACGCUACUCUCGACGGCCGUUUCCAACAAUUCAUCGACAAAUCUAACAAUCUCACCCAGUUCUUCUCCACUUUAGUCCACGGCCGUGACGGGAUUCCCAUAGCCGAGCUCGCCGGGCCGAGCAACGAACAGCGCCUCAUAAACGCAGUGGACCAUCAGUAUCGCGUGCUCAUGGCUCAAGUCUACAACACCGCAAUGCGGGUCUCGUCCUAUCCAUCUUCACCGACCAGCGGUGCUGUCUACAGUCAAAUGCUUAAUGGAACCUUGACCGCUCCAAACCGCAAUCGUAUUGUUCAGGACCGCGCCUCUACAUACGUUCUGGAAGGCAUCCUAGCGGCAAUGGUGAUCUGCGUAAUUGUGUCUUGGGUAUGCAUGGACACCCGACGCGUGCUGCCCAAGAAUCCGUGCAGCAUUGCUGCGGUCGCGAGCUUGCUGGCUGGAUCGGAGAUCCUGGGGCAGGAGUUUUUGGGCAGAGGAGCAGAAUGGUUAACCGAUGAGGAGUUGAAAGAGAAGUUCGAAGGAUGGACCUUCAGUCUGGGUUGGUGGGAGCAGGCUGCGGGCGGCAGGAGAAGAUUUGGUAUUGACGUUGGGAACGCAGAUGAAAGCCAAUAA